GGUGGUCACUCUGGCAUCGGAUCCUGGAACUUUGUCAUGCAUCCUGUUUUCGCCGGCAAGAAGGUGGAUCCAGCGGGUCACUAUGUGCGAAGAUGGCUGCCAGAGCUGCGGCACUUGCCCACAGAGUACAUUCAUUGCCCUUGGGAGGCGCCAGCGGGGACUCGACUCUCUGCACAAGUGUUGGUGAAUGGUAUCUAUUGGCAGCGUGUCAUUGAGGAUCUUGUAGCUGCAAGGUUGGUGCAUCAAAGGAAUGUCAUUGCAGUUCGAAAGCUCUUUCCGGAGUAUGUGGACAAGGAGGGGAAUGAGGUCAUCCGCUUGGCAAGUGGGCAAAUCCUGCAUUUGGAUGUUCGAGAUGACAUCAGAGAGAAUGAUGAGGAGAACAUAACCCUGAUGAUGACAGCAGACGAUCCUCGCAGCACUACUCGGAGAAACCUUGGAAUGACAAAAGGUGUGCAUUCUGGUCUGAUCUAUGAAGAAUCAAAGCGGUUUGAAGCGCUUUACGACUCCUUUGAUGGUGCACCACGCCGGACACAGCCAACCCAAUCUAGAGAUCGUGCCAAGGAGCGAGCUCUGAGGCGGAAUCAGCAUGGCGAACUCAUUGCUGGAGCAUGAGGUUUAUACAUGCCUUUGGCCGAGUCUAGCAUUGGGCGCUGUGCCCAGCCCUCCGAGUCCAUGUGCCUGAGCCAUUGGGAUGAUGCUUGUGAUAUGCGCCGAGUGUGCUCUUGAGAAGGAUAUGUGACAGUUCACGUUGUUUCACGUUUUAUUUGCUUUAGGAUUUGGGAUUCAGUCCGUGAGUUUUUGCUGAUUUGGGUUGCAGUUGAACGCUGUACAUGUAAACCUGCAGAACCCUGCAUUUGUAUGCAUGUAUUGCUGGAAGGCCUCCUUUCGGCCAUGGCAUCGACUGGCAUUGCCUGGCUUACUGUUCCACUUCACACCAUGAAGCCGAUUUGUUACCCCGACAAUGAGGCAUCCAUUGCCGACCCGACCAAUUCAUCCUAAGAGAGGUUCAAGGGACACAUGAGAUGUUGUGUGACUGCUGCAUGCCCUUUGUGUGAACAGAUGCAAAAGGUUGUUGUGAUUACUUUGGUCAGACUUGCUGGGUGGAGCUUUGUUCCACAGAAUUGCUGGUCAAUUUUUUUGUAGAGAACAGACUGGCACGUUUCUGUCCAAUCCGGCCUUAAGGAAGACUGGGGC